GUGGACAGCGAUAGCUACCAAGGAAACCUGAAACGCCUUCUAAUGCAGAAUCAGGAGGAACACGAGGGUAUUUAUGUAUUAUGUAGGAGGGAAUUUACUGACGUGGUGGACGACUUAGCCAAAGGAAUAGACUCACAAACCAGGGAUCUUCAGCUCCUCCCCCCUCCCUCCCUCCCUUCCCGAGAUUUUAUGAGAACCUACUGGUCCAGAACGCCAUAUAAUUGGAAGAAGCAUUGAGGACGUUCAACCCUCUUUCUCUCCCUGUGUCGUUGUAUCCUAUCCCUGUGCGAAGGGAUAUUACUUACUAGUAAGGCGGCUAGAUUAUACUUGGCUUUAUCCAUCUUAUGCUUUGACUCGAUUUAGCAUCUCACCCUGUUUGCUUUUUCCAACUUUCUCAGGACCUCGAUAGUGGAGAUGCUUCUGCAGAGAGCUCCAAAACCGCACGAGAUGGGAUCGAGGUGACCGAGUCUGGUUUUCUCAUGAUGCAAUCAGACCGCAACUGGCGUCCGAGUCUAGUACCGAUCAGGACCACUGAUUCCGUCCAAGUCAUGAAAACAAUGGGUCCCUUUUAUAACGCGGCUAAGCCAUCAUGCCCAUCCCCACUUUUUCACUGGAAGUAGCUUUCGGCUGGCUGGCUGGCUGACUGACUGACUGGCAAAAGUCACUCUCAUGACAAUAAUAAUAAGAGAUAUUAAUACUAUUAAUUUUCCCAGAUAGCACGGGG